UCUCAAUCAAGCAGAACGUGUUACUAUUUGGGCAAAUCUUGGACUGAUACGAUCAGUUGUAUUCGGUUUCGAAUUUGUACCGGAACGUUUAUUGAUUAGAUAAUCACCCUCGUAUCGUAUGAGAGAGGGACCUUCUGAUUUAUCUAGAGGGUUCAACUAUGAAACAGAUAUCCGUCGUGCAUCGGAAUCCGCCGGCGAUACCCAAGUUCGGCGUAAAUCAAUCCUAAAUCCGACUCGGAGACGACGAAGACCCACAUAAAUUGUUGCAGGUAUUAACUAUGAAGUGCCCAUCAAGAGACAUUCAUUAUCUCUUCAUCUCUGCUUUUGUAUUUGGAGUUUACGGUGCUGCAUCUGUACCCGUCCCCGAUUCCAACUGCUACGCUCUUGACAAUUCCAGUCGUCUUGUCGAUUUUAGCAGCUGGAUCGGUCAUCCAUUUGAAUAUGAUGGCAAGGAAUUUGAUUUGGUGGUUAGAUUUUGCAAGGAUGUUGAAACAAGAGGGCAGAUGGGAUAUGUUGAUUUUGGACGAUUUGACCCGUUAAGCUACUUUGUGUCUGGUUCUGGACAUUUCGAUUUCGUUCAAGGGUUUUACCAUGGCGACCUGUCGAACUGUGAGCUGAGUUAUGACAAACUUGGACGUACAGCACAGGUCAAUAUUAUUUGUGGGAACUGUGGUGAUGGACGCUGUAAAGGUGGACUUGGAUGCAUUUGUAGUGUCACCCAAGAUUCAACUUGCAGAGUUACUGUCGAGUUGGCUAUUCCGUGUGAGAAACCUGGCCCGCGGGUGUUUAAGGGAUUCACGGUCGGUUUGCAUCCUCGCUCAUGGGAAAUUAUUUAUAAUGGGAUGACACAGUUUGGAUUUGAGAAGCCUCACCGUGAGUUUAGCUUCAAGACUGAGCAGACUCAUCUUACUCUCUAUAUGACUGCAAUUGCUUCUCUCUCCACAUUGGUAGGGAAACCUAUCAUCAAGGUGUUCCCAGAGAAUGGUCUUAACGUUAAGAUAGCUGGUUCUUCGUUGACCGAGAAUCAUCCAACAACUCUAUCGCCUUCAACUUUAGUACUGGAUUGGAAUUGUGAGAAAUCUCGUCGAACCCCAUAUGAAGUCAAUGUCACCAUCCCAGUUGAUGGUUAUGACCCUGUUCAGUUUUCCCUCACAAAACUCUGCGAAUACAACCAAGGUGAUGAAGGAGGAUCAGCAAAAGGAUGGGCUAUAUUCGGAGUUUUUUCCUGCGUAUUCCUCGUUGCAUCAACACUUUUCUGCUGUGGAGGCUUUAUUUACAAAACAAGAGUGGAACGCGUGCGUGGGAUUGAUGCAUUGCCAGGGAUGUCACUUCUGUCAGGCUUACUAGAAACUGUGAGUGGAAGUGGACAAAGCUACUCAAGAACUGAAGAGAUAAACAAUGCUUUUGCCAAUGAAGUCUCAUGGGAGCGCUCUUCCUCGUCUUCUUCUACGCAAGCACCAACACAGAGACCAAGUGAAAGAACAUAUGGUGCGAUAUAAGUUGUUAAUUGCCUCGCAAGAAGGUUCCGUUUCAAUCAACGGUUUGGCAUGCUGUUGAGCUGCUUUUUUACCUCGUUUUACUUUUUGUUUUUAUCUUCAUGCUUAGUUUCUAGAAUGAGGGAAAAAUGUCAAGAGUCAAAAAGUUGAAAGCUUCACCUUGAGAUUGCUUUUACCUGCACAUUCAUAUGUUAUGAUUAAUAAAGCCAAAAAAAAAAAAAA